AUGCCGCUGCAGGAGCCUCCAUGCACGCGGUGCUCCGGCAUUCACUGCUGGAUCUCCAGCGAUCCCAACGCCAAGCGUCCUGCUACGAAGUGUGACGAGUGCGCCCGACUGGGCAAAAAGUGCUUUACCAGCGAGGCCCGCAAUCCGUCCCCGGCUGACGAGGUCGGGGCGGGUCGAUCCAGCACACCAACCCCGCCCAACGCAAACACCCAACACCGAGCCCGAUCUCCGUCUGCUCUGCCCGAUGCAAGUGGCCCUCCGGAAUCCACCGCGGAUGCGCCCGCGGAGCAGGACAAUGCUUCAACCACCGCCACCACCCCUCGAGGAAGCGGGGAAGAAUCAUGCGCUGCCGGGCAGUGCACAUUGGAUGCGGACAAACCGUGCACCUUCGUCCGCGCAUACAUUGGGGCACUCCCGCCAAGAUUGGCUCAUCGGAAGCCGGACCCAAGUGCAGAGGGCAUUGAGCUCCUGGAAACAACGGCGGACGUCUCAUACAAAGUCCGAGAACUGCGACAGGAGAAUGCUGAGAUCCGCACCAUGUGCGAUGAGCUCCGGCAGGACUUCGCGACACUCCGUGAACACCUGAGAGCACGUAACAGUAUCCGUGCUUUCACACACUUUGAACACCAGCCCGGAGCAGCGGCAGCGUCGGAGAUGCUGGUUGAUCAUGGGGCGCAGACGAACGUUCCUGCCUCCCCGGAUACAUCGUCGCUGAGCAGGCAUGCCAUCCCGGCACCCAACUUGGCAAGCCACGACGUACACGAGGUUCCCGACGACACUGUCAUUGCUUCUGCCACACUCCGGCAUGCUUCCGCGUUGUGCACACAGGAUGGCAGCGACAUGGCCAGUAUGGAUGAUGGUAGUGAUUUGGACAUGUCAAGCGAUGAUCCCGACGCAGUGUGA